AUGGGCCUAAAACGCCUUCUUACCCAGAUUACGAAAGUUACAAAGUCGUUUCUUGAAGAUGACAUUACAGAGAGCAAGUUCUGUGUUAAUGGUGAGGAAGAUGAACAUGAACAGGUUAACUCGUGUAAAUCUUCAAGCAAUAAGCCAACUUUUAUGAACACAGAGAAGAAAGAGUCAAAGUCAACCAUCUCCAUUUCUAUGAUAAACCUUGCAGCUCUCCCUCCAUCUCAACCCAAUCCAAUGGCUCCACCUCAACGCUCGCCUACACAUCAGCCCGGAAACGUCAUUUCCAUUCCUCCAUCUCAACUGAAUUCAAUGGCUACUCCAAGCCCUCCUAUACAGCAGCCCGGAAUCGUCAAUUCCAUCCCUCCAAUGACUCCACCUCAACAUCCUCCUCCUACACAGUAG